AUGGCCGACGAUCAAGACACCUCGCGCCCGGCAGUGGUUCUAGCCCCCGCUGAUCCGGCCAAGAUCUUCCGCCCGGACCUUUUCAAAGGCAAAGUGCUCUUCUGCACCGGCGGCGGAUCCGGGAUCUGCUACGAGAUCACCAAGAGCAUCAUGGCGCUCGGCGCCGAUGCUGCCAUCCUCGGGCGAAAAGCCGACCGACUCGCGCGCGCCUCCAAGGAACUCUCUGCCGCCACGGGCUCGCGCUGCCUCGACUGCCCCGCCGACGUGCGCGACCCCGAGCAACUCAAAGCGGCGGCGCGCAAGACGAUCGAGACGUUUGGGCGCAUCGACUUUGUCAUCGCCGGAAGCGCGGCCAACUGGCUGGCGGGCAUCGAGCAGAACAACGAAAAGGGCUUCAAGACGGUUAUCGACAUUGACCUGAUCGGGUCGUACAACACGGUCAAAGCGACGCUCGAGGAAGUGACGAAGAACAAGGGCAGUUACAUCUUUAUUUCGGCAACGCUGCACUACUUCGGCCUGCCGUGGCAGUCGCAUUCGAGUGCAGCCAAGGCGGGUGUCGACGCGCUCAGCAGAGUUCUCGCCGUCGAGAUGGGCCCCGUGGGCGUCAGGAGCAACGUCAUCGCCCCCGGACCCAUCGGCGAUACGGAGGGUAUGGACAGACUCGCACCCAAGGGCGCGGGCGACGCCGUCGCCGAGGGCAUACCCAUGCAGAGGAUGGGCAAGAAGAGCGACAUCGCCGCCGCUGCCGUGUUCCUCUUCAGCGACGCUGCAACCUAUGUCACCGGUACGCAGAUGGUCGUCGACGGCGGAACGUGGCAUGUGCAAGGGCCUAUGCUGCCGUACCCGACCACGAGCCUGGAUCCGAAGAGCUUGAGUUCGAUUGUUGCUGGGUCUCGUCUCUGA